AUGUUUUCGAUGGAAGAGGAUAUCCAGGUUGGAGAUGAUCCAUCCUUUUAUCCCUAUCGGCCAAAAAGAAACUUGGUUUCAUCAAUGGAACCUGCAAGGCUCCAGAACUGGAAUCUGCAGAUUUUGAAUAAUGUGAUGAGUUCCAAAACUGCUAAGGAACUUUGGGACAGUCUGGAGCAGAGGUUUGGCAAAUCAAAUGGUUCCAAACUCUACCACCUGCAAAAGGAAUUAACAAGUCUAAUACAAGAGAAUAGUGACAUUGCAGGUUACUUCACGAAACUUAAGAGACUAUGGAAUGAAUUGGAUGGGAUAAAUGAUGAGAAUCAAAGGGAAGUGUAUGCAAACACAAACUACAUCUCUGAUUCUGGAUUAUUUCUGGCAGCAAGUCAAGCAAAACAACAGGACAACAAACUAAUUGCUGAGUUUGCAGCAUUCAUGGCCAAUGGACAGGGAAGAAAUACACAGAGAUUCAAGCACCAAGCAAUAAGAGGAACAAACACAUACCAGAAGUAUACCAAUCCAGGUCAGAACCAGAGACAUGAUAAGCCACAGAACAAGUUUAAGGAUAAGAAGAAAUAUGAUCCAAACCUGUCAUGCACUUAUUGUGGGAAAACAAGGCAUGUGCAUGAUGAUUGCUACAGACUGCAUAGAUUUCCUGCAGAUUUUGAGUUCACCAACUCUAGAAACCAUCAGCCUCAGAUUAAAGCAAAUGCAACCUUGACUCAGCAAGCAGAUGAAGACAUUGGGAGGACAGAUCCUGGAAUCCGUGAUAGAAAUUUUGAGGAACAGUUUAGCAAGCACCAGAUUGCAGAGAUGAUGCAAAUGUACAAGCAAAGCAAAUUGACACAAACAAGAAUCAAUGCAAAUGCAGUGGUUGGUACCAUCCUUAAAUACUCAAAUUCUGUACCCACUAAUCUUAAGCAAAAUACUUGGAUAAUUGAUUCAGGAGCCUCAGAACACAUGUGUUUUGAUCCCAAUUCCUUCUUAUUUCUAAAACCUCUCCCCAUGCCUUUGAACAUUAAUUUACCUAAUUCUUUCAAGGUAAGUGUGACCCAUAUAGGCAGCAUCUCUAUUUUGCCAGGGCAGGUCAUAACUGAUGUACUGCUUGUGCCAGAUUUUAAGUAUAAUUUACUUUCAAUUUACAAGUUCUAUGUUCAGUUUCAGUAUGAUGUCCUAUUUACUGCUACUGGAUGUUUCUUGCAGGACCUUUCAGUGAGGAGUCCUCAAGUUUUUGGUGAAGUUAGAGAAGGACUCUAUUUAUUGGAUUCCAACACUGAUAAGUUUAGAAAUAGUUUCAAUUCAAAUGAUGUAUCUUCAGAUCCCAUCCCACAAUCACUUUCAGUUUUCUAUUCAGUACAUGUUAAUGCUACUCCUAGUGUGAAACUUUGGCAUGUAAGGUUCUUCCUCACCAUAGUAGAUGACUACAGUAGAGGGAAUGGACAUUCUUACUAA